AUGUCAGCAUCUGUGCGGCCAGUAGUUCGGCAUGCAGACUCCCCAGGAGUUUCACGACAACGUCUUCUUUUGUCUCGAGGAAGACAUGACAAAGACAUUUUUACUUCUCUUGCGAGACGGACAGCGGUAUUUUCUCCCCCCCAAAUUAUUUGGAGUCCGAGAAACUCGAUGCCGCGAGUCCUCGCCUCUUCCUUGACGCUCUGGAGUCUCUGCUUCUCGGAGACUGUCCAACGAUUCGACGAAGCAGGCGACAGAGGCGCGCUUCUUCAUGCCGUUUCGGUCUUUCGCGACCACACGGCAUUUUUCCUUACCAGCUCAAACAAGGAACAGCGCCUGAAAGGAAAGACACAGAAAAAAACGAGAAGAGGAAAGACCAGAGAAGGAGAACGCCAGAAAAGACAGAGCGAGGGAAGGAAAGAGGAGGAGACAGUGCAAAGGAAGGAAAGAGAGGGAGAAGGAGAGAAAGGAGAGAAGGAGAAAGAGAGAAGGAGAAAAAGGAGGAGUGAAAGGAGGAGAGAAAGAAGGAGAAAGAUGGAAGGAGUGAAAGAAGGAGAGAAAGAAGGAGAGAGAGAGAAGGAAGGAAAGACCAAGCACAGAGUUUCGCCUCCAAAAAGCGAUGUUGCUUGCAAGUUGGAGAGACCUGCACGGUAG